AUGACGACAGUCAAUGCAUCAAAUUUAUGUUCAAUCUGCAAUAAAUCAUCAGUUAAAUACAUUUGUAUUGGAUGUAAAAAAAAUUUUUGUUCGAAAGAUUUCGAAGAACAUGAACAACAACUAUCAAUAAAAUUCGAUAAUGAAAUAGUGAGAUCUCACAAUGAACUUCUUGAACAAAUUCAAAAGUUAGAAAAAUCAAAUUAUUUAUCAUUGAAUCUUUUUGCUCAAAUUGAACAAUGGAAAAAAACAACAAUCAAUAAAAUAGAAAACGUAGCAGAAAGAGCUCAUCAUGAACUUAUCGAACUAAUUGAUAAACAAAGAAUGAAAAUAACAAAACAACUUGAAUCAAUUACAAAAGAUAUUCGUUCCUGUCAAGAAGAAGAAAUUUUUCUUGAAAAUGAUAUUGAUCGAUUGAAACAAAAGAUCAAUGAAAUUCAACAAAAACUUGAACAAUUUAUUCGAAAACAUACAAAUAUAAGCAUCAUUGUUGAUAAUGAUCAAAUUGAUUGGAAUCGACUCAUCUAUUUCAAAGAAAAACAACCAAACUGUGAGUAUAUUGAACUAAAAAAUAUAGAAGAAAACAAAUUUUUCAAUGAAUCCAUUCAAUUUAAUUCAUUUAUAGAUUAG